ACUCGAAUGAAACUCACAAGCGCACGAGGCGAGGAGUCGAGCAGACGUCUCCAAGAUGGCUCCAGUGUCGCACCUGGUUGUCAUAGCGUGUUUACUGGGGAUUUCGACACAGCGGUCUACUCCUGCGGACGACAGCUACGUGGCAGCGGUCCUGGAGUACCAGCCCGCCUUCACGACAGCCGCCAACCUGGCCCGCUACGAGCAGUUCAUUCAGGACGCAGCACUGCAGGAUGCCGAUAUCAUCGUGUUCCCAGAGCUGACCUUAGACAGACAGGAUUCCGUGGAGGUUCCUUUUGGAGGCCGCCUGAAGGAAUACCCCAUACCAGCUCUGUACCCCGAUCUAUAUCAUGAGAUCCUCGUAAACAUAUCGGCGGCUGCGCGGGAGAACGCCAUCUACGUGGUGAUUAAUGUGGAGGAGAUUGUGAAUUGUACCGGCAACGCCACCGGCGAGGUCUGUCCUGAAGAGAAGAUUUAUUUGUUCAACACCAACGUGGUCUUCGACAGGAACGGAACUGUUAUUGAUAGAUAUCGCAAAAUUAAUUUGUUCGGCGAGCGCACUCGUACGCCGGCUCUGGGUCCAGACUUGGGAGUGUUCGAGACAGACUUCGGCGUGACGUUCGGCCACUACAUCUGCUUCGACCUGCAGUUCCAGGUACCAGCCUUGCAGCUGGUUGAGAAGUUAAACAUUACUGACGUCAUCUUCCCCACUAUGUGGUUCUCGGAGUUGCCGUACUUGACUGCCGUUCAGAUCCAGGAGGCAUAUGCGUACGCCAUGGAUGUCAACUUUCUUGGAUCUGGAGCAAACAAUGUCCGGGUUGGAAGUGCUGGUUCAGGCAUAUACUCCGGAAAGGCAGGUGCUCUGGUCAGCACGAUGCCUGGUCUUCUAACCACUAGGAUGCUUAUAUCUAGAGUCCCCAAAGUACCUGGCCAGGUCACUUUCCAAGUCCCUGGACCCAUAUACGACCCCGCAGAAGACCACGAUAGCCUGGUCCUUAUUAGCGACCCUUCAUUCCCGUCCCACGUGACCAGGCGACUGGUACCAGGCUUCCAGGAGUUUACCCUGGUGGACAGGGAAGUCUCUUGCGUCUUCAGGAUUAACAUGACGGAGAAUACGCCCGCCAGUGGCGUUGAAACUUACAGGUAUAGGGCUGCAGCAUUUUCAGGAGUCCGCAGUUACAGCGGCGUGGCCACCGGAGGGACAAGGAUCUGCUCCGUGGUGGCCUGCACUGGCGAGACUAUGGACACUUGCGCUAGGAGAUUCCCCGCUUACAACGCUAAUACCACAGCCAUAUUCGAAGAGCUCAGCAUCGUCGCUUCGGUCCCUACUCCGGUGGUAGUUCAAAACGUCACCUCCAGAGACUCUGCUUACUUCCCAGUCUCUUUAGACGUGUCCAUCAUGCCAUUAGAGUCAGAAUACUACUCCUACACCGAAGAUAAUAGAGGCGAAAUUACUGUGUAUUCCAUGGAUUUGAUUAAUAGAGAAGCGGAGUUAUAUUCUUUUGCGGUUUGGGGAAGGUAUUUCUUGACGGAUGGACUCGACGCAGACCCGCCAUUGCUAGAGGUAGAAAGCGAGACCGAAGCAAGCGAGCCAGAUACAAGCGAGCCAGUUACAAGCGAGCCAGUUACAAGCGAGCCAGAUACAACCGAGCCAGAUGCAGGUGGUUCAGAUUCGGCGAACGUGCGCGAAUUCAGCAUUUUGAUUUUGUUAACUGGGUUAGCGUGUUUGAUAGUAAAUUAGUGAAUUAUUAAAUGUUAAUAGACAAAUGUAAGUGAAA